AUGGCCUCUACAACAUGUAAAAAACGGCCCUGUUCAAAAUGCGACAAAGCAGCGGACAUUCUUACUUGUCAUGGAUGUGGAAAAGAUUUUUGUUAUCGUCGUGUAGCUGAACAUCGACAAGAACUCAAUAAACAAAUGGAUGAACUCACUACUUAUUAUGAUCAAUUUCAACAAACGAUUGCUAAACAAGAUUCCCAACCAGAUUGUCAUCCUCUGAUUCAAAAGAUCAAUACAUGGGAACAAGAGUCAAUCGAUAAAAUUCGUCGAGAAGCUGAUGACGCUCGCAAACAAUUGUUAACUAUUCUUGCCACACAUAGAAGUAAAGUAACAAAUGAUUUAACACAUCUUAUUCAAGAACUAAGGAAAGCUCGUAACGAAGAUGAUUAUGUAGAAACAGAUUUGAAGGAAUGGAUGGAAAGAUUAAAUAAUUAA